CAAAUAUAUCUUUGUAUUAUCAUCCUCGGCAAAGAAUGCUAUUGCCACAAAAUCUAGAGUUUGCUCGUUCAACACGGUGCGAGAAGUUGAUUUAAAACAAAAUCUCCGUUAAAAACAAUCAGCGCAGAACAUUAAAAUUUAGUAUCCAAAUUCAUAACAUAAAGCACAGGUGCGAGAAGACCUCAGCAGAAAUUAACAAUAUUCGACUGUUACCCAUCCUUGGCAUGAUCCAAAAAUUCAAACCACUCUUCUCAGAAGCCAACUCAUUUUUGCUCAGGUUCUGGCUUCUCCAAGAAUGUCUUCUUCAACCAUCCCCAUGGCUGGAUGUUAACCUGAAUGAGGUAGAGAGCGCCAGUGGCGGCGGUAACGCCCCACAAGGCGGCGGCUUUGACGUCGGUGGGUUGGAGACGGAGCCUCGCUGGUAAACCGGCCAUUUUCUCGAUUCUCAGAGUCAAUUCUCAAAUCUCAACUGCGAAA